GUGUACCGGUAACAUAAGGGUCUCAUAGCAAUCUUUUAAGAUCUCGAAAAGCUUUCUUCAAUCCCUUGCACGCAGUUCGACUCUGCGGUCAGGCAUCUUUUUGCCAACUUUUUGCCUAUGACUGGCUUAUCACGAAAUUGUGCCUCUGAGUGCGCCUCGACUGAUUGAUGUUUCGGCCGCAUCUGUAAAUGUAUAUCACAGUGGCACGAACGGCGCGAUCUAACGCGUUUCGUUGGCAACGCAGCCUUGUCUCAUACGUGGAAGGCCAAGAUGUCUCGACAGGGCAGACGUCCUGAUGUCCGCAGAAGCGCCAGUCCGGCGAUGCAAGGCCGACCAGAAUCGGACGACGUGACGCAUGACUUCUUCAGGGAGGCCUAUCGACUCAUCCGGACGGUACCUGAGGGCCGAGUCUGUACAUACGGUCACAUUGCAAAGCUCAUGGGCAGGCCGCAGAACUCGCGUCUGGUCGGCCAAGCGCUCAAGCAUCUGCCGUCCCGCCUGGCCAGACCUUUCAUAGACGGCGAACUGAUUGAAGAAAGGCACGGUUCAGAAAGCGGGCAAGAGACAGGACCAGGGGAAGCCGAGUUUGAAGACUUUCAUCGUCAGCAUCGCAUAGCGAAUCCAGAUUUCGUACCUUGGCAUCGCAUCAUCUCUUCCUCUGGUGUCAUAUCACCCCGCGGCAACUCUGCCUCGCUCGAGCGGCAAGCAGUCAUGCUCAGGGCGGAAGGCGUCGUCGUCCGCAAUGCUGCAGGACCGGCGGACGAGCCUGGCUACGGACCUGAUGCAUUCGGUUUGGCCGGUAUGCAAGAAGGCGGUCGCGUCAGUCUUGCUCGCUUUGGCUGGUUCCCAGAGCCGCCUGCUCGGUCAAGGGCGCGAUAGUGACGUGCUACCAGGAAGGAGAUUGCAGCAGUACGAGCGGAGCUACAGCAUCGACGUCACUGCUAGCGUUGCCCGAAGGGCCAACGCGGAGCACAACUUAACACCAAGGUGCAUCCGAGCGCACGGUCGUGGUCAACAGCAGUGCUUGCAAAGGUGCACUGGUUACGAUAGAGAAGCGAUGGCGGCACCAAUGUCUGACAUAUCGCCUGCAUCCUUGCCAAGAUGGCUCCAUGUGAUCGUGCCUUUGGGGUCGACUGCAAACGUGCCGUGGUUCUGCCAUCGAUUCUGCCUUGCCCGUCAGCGCCGUCGAAGCCGAACAAGGGUGAAGCAUACACCAUGUGUGUAAGUAUUCUUGAUGCCUUCUUUGGCUAGCUGGGACACUUUGGAGAGCGUGUCCAUGUUGAAAAGGGCAGCCCAGCCGAGUU